GGACGAGCGAUCACCCGCUACCGGAUGUGAAGAUGGACUGUGUUUAUGCUGGUUCUGGUGCUGGGCCUCUUGUACCUUUCUCAUGAGAGAGGAAUCAUAUCCACGUCAGGCUGGCCAUGCAUUCACGGUGCACACAACCAGCCAUGCUGUUGAACGAUACACGUACAAUUUUUAUGCUGCUUGUUGCAUUGUGGGUAGUUCGUCUUGUUCUCAUGCCAUUCAUAUCUGGGACAACUUUUGGCGGAGACACGUUAGAUUCGACCUUCAAGCAAUUGCUGAAUCGUUGUGAUUCUUUUUUUCCGAUUUUAUGUCUAUUCAACAUGAGACUAUUCGGGACUGUCCCAGUACCUUAUCUAGUCUUGGAGCAUUAUGAUUUUGGUUGAUAAUC